AAUUCCAAGCUAUAGCUGAGAUUACUGAACUUAGAAACAAGAAUGCUAAAAUCAAGGCCGAAAAUGCAAAAUUAAAACAAGCUUUAGAACAUGAAACCAGAUUCAUGAAUCUAGAACAGAAAGAUUAA